AUGACAAUUGCAAAUCGACGUGUCAACAUGCAAAGAAUGCAAAAUGUUCUCCUUAUUUGGUUAGACAUCAAUAUUAAUGUUUAUGAUGUUGAUUGUAAUGAUAAGAUGAAGCAAUUGAAACGUGUAGUUAACAACCUAAACACAUUUACAGAUGAUAAACAAUGUCUUGAAUUUAUUCAAAAAAAUACUAACAACAAAAUAUGUAUGGUUGUUUCUGGUUCACUUGGAAAACGUAUUGUGCCUCAUGUGCGUGACAUAUCCCAAGUAGACAGCAUUUUUAUUUUUUGUCACAAACAAGAUUUGUAUAAACAAUUGGCCGAUGGAUGGUUUAAAAUAAAAGGAGUCUUCACAGAUAUAACAUCAGUCUGUGAAGCUCUUAAAAAAGCUGCUCGCCAAUGUGAGCAAGAUGCUACAUCAAUCAGCAUUGUAGAACCAAACAAAACGGAUCAAUUAGAUCCAUCAUUUAUGUAUUCUCAGGUCUUAAAAGAGAUCUUGUUAACCAUUGAUUUCGAAGAAAAACACAUUACAGAAUUUAUUCAAUAUUAUCGUGGAACAUUAGCUAAAAAUAGUAUUGAUUCUCGUACAAUUGAAGAAUUGAAAGGCUAUCGUAAACAACAACCUAUUUGGUGGUAUAGCUCUAAAUGUUACUUAUAUUUAAAGCUCAAUGAAGCAUUAAGAUUAGCCUAA